GCUCAGUGGUGCUAGCUGCUAAGCUAACAUCUUCAGUUGGUAAUCUGUCAGCCUGGAGCUAAAAGCACGCACAGAGCUGGGCUCUACACUCUUCCGGAUUACUCUCCUUUGAUGGAUGAAGAAGACCCUUUGAUGUGAGUUCAACUUGCCACUUGCGAUCAAGGACAGACGCACUGCCCAUGCCGCCACAGCAGAUAUGCUGUCACUAUGCUACUGAGAGAAGAAUGACAUUUGUCUCAUUUUAAUUCCUGGAGCUGCUUCGGCCAGAGUUGAGGCUCGCCUCAAAAGUUGCUGCUCUAAGCCAAGUCUGUCUUUUUCUCAGCCCAUUUCUUUGCACCGUCGCAGCCUAGUGUGCAAACUAUUAUGGCACUGAAGGCCAACUAAGCAAAAGGGCUGUACUGGAGGAUUAGAUUGUGCUGUGGGAGUGGGGACUGGACCAGGAGAGCAGGCCCACAGCGACACAGAUCAUGCUGCAGGGACACUAGGGUCCCUGUUUGAGCCCCUUCUGUGUGGCGCUUGUUUUUUUCUUUUCCUGCAGUCUCAUCGUUUUGGAUGGUUGAGCACAAGGGCUACUUUGAAGGAGCCCACCGGUGGCUGUGGUUUGGCCAAAGCUGACAGACGGCUUGCCAGCUAUUGCUGAUUUAGUACCCUUGUCCGCUGCUACCAUUGCUGUAGCCUUCCAGUAUGGUGAGUGGAGGCUGGAGGCAUCGCAGGAGUGUAACUGAACUAUUAAUACUGGUGUAGCUGGUUACUUUCCAUCAUUUUGCCUGCACUGUGAGGGAUUGCGUCCAAGUUUUCAAGGACUCCUUUUUUCUCUGUGCCGGACAAAACACCACUGUCAAGGUCAUUUUUAAAAUUCCAACCCCGGAAAGAAGACCGCUCCAGAGGAGGAUGAAGCUGAGGAAGCAGGUGACAGUGUGUGGAGGGGCCAUAUUCUGUGUGGCUGUAUUCUCACUGUAUCUGAUGUUGGAUCGAGUCCAACAUGACCCUGCAAGGCGACAGAAUGGCGGGAACUUUCCACGGAGCCAAAUCUCAGUUCUGCAGAACCGGAUAGAGCAGCUGGAGCAGCUUCUGGAGGAAAACCACCAAAUCAUCAGCCACAUAAAGGACUCUGUGAUGGAGCUCACAGACACAGGAGCUGUGUCUCCCAGUGGCCACCUGCCAUUCAGAAGUGCCAAUGGUUCCUGGGUCCUGCCCUUUGAUGGCCGCCCCACUUUCCUCGCUGUCAAGCCCCAGGAUUGCCAGUUUGCUGCAGGCAGCCGUGGUCAAGCAGAUGUUCAGAUGCUGGAUGUGUACUCCCUUCUCAAGUUUGACAACCCUGAUGGUGGCGUAUGGAAACAGGGCUUUGACAUUACUUAUGACCCUGAAGAGUGGGACAAUGAACCACUGCAAGUGUUUGUGGUCCCCCACUCCCACAAUGAUCCAGGUUGGAUCAAGACUUUUGACAAGUACUUCACAGACCAGACGCAGCAUAUUUUAAACAACAUGGUGGUGAAGCUGGCCGAGGAUCCUCGCAGGAAGUUCAUCUGGUCCGAGAUUUCAUUCUUCUCCAAGUGGUGGGAGACUGCAGACGUACACAAGCAGGAGGCUAUGCGCAAACUGAUCCUCGGAGGGCAGCUAGAGAUUGUGACAGGAGGCUGGGUGAUGACGGAUGAAGCCAAUGUUCACUACUUUGCCAUGAUAGACCAGCUCAUUGAAGGGCAUCAGUGGCUGGAGAGAAAUCUAGGUAUAACUCCCCGCAGUGGGUGGGCGGUAGACCCUUUUGGUCACAGCGCUACGAUGCCCUAUCUGCUGAAGAGGGCCAACCUGACCAGCAUGCUCAUCCAGAGGGUCCAUUACUCCAUCAAAAAACACUUUGCCUCCACGCGCAGCCUGGAGUUUAUGUGGAGGCAGGCCUGGGACACGGGGUCGGGCACAGACAUCUUUUGCCACAUGAUGCCAUUCUACAGCUACGAUGUGCCUCACACCUGCGGGCCUGACCCGAAGAUCUGCUGCCAGUUCGAUUUCAAGAGGUUACCGGGUGGUCGGAUAAACUGUCCCUGGAAGGUGCCACCGAAAACUGUGGUGGAGGCCAACGUAGCAGAGAGGGCACACCUGCUCCUGGAUCAGUACCGUAAAAAGUCCAAACUGUACCGCAGCAAGGUACUUCUCGUCCCUCUGGGAGAUGACUUCCGCUACGACAAGGCUCUGGAGUGGGAUCAGCAGUACAUCAACUACCAGAAGCUGUUUGACUACAUGAAUUCUCAUCCAGAGUUGCAUGUGCAAGCUCAGUUUGGGACUCUCACAGACUACUUCAAUGCUGUAUACAAAGCACACGGAGUGGCCCAGGGAUCCAGACCCCCGGACUACCCAGUGCUGAGUGGAGAUUUCUUUGCCUAUGCAGACCGUGAAGACCACUACUGGACUGGCUAUUUCACCUCUCGGCCCUUUUACAAGAGCCUGGACCGUGUGAUAGAGUCACACCUCAGGGGGGCAGAGAUCCUCUACAGCCUGGCGGUUGCGAACGCUCGGCAUGCUGGCAUGGAAGGGCGCUACCCUGUCUCAGAUUAUGCCCUGCUGGUGGACGCGAGGCGGUCUGUUGCCCUGUUCCAGCAUCAUGAUGCCAUCACCGGCACCGCGAAGGAGAACGUUGUCAUUGACUACGGCACCAGAUUACUGCGUUCACUCAUCGGUCUGAAGAGAGUAAUCAUCAAUGCUGCUCAUUUCCUAGUGAUGAAGAACAAAGAGUUUUAUCGUUUUUACCAAACGGAGCCCUUCCUGGAGACGGAUGACAGGCGUGCUACUCAAGACUCUCUGCCUCAGCGCACUCUAAUCGAGCUGGACCCGACAGGGCCGAGGUACCUGGUUUUGUUCAACCCCAUCGAGCAGGAGCGGCUGUGUGUGGUGACCGUGUUGGUCAACACGGUCAGGGUGCGGGUGCUUACGGAGGAUGGACAGACCCUCCCGGUGCAGCUGAGCGCUCAGUGGAGCUCUGCCAGUCAAAUGAGUGCGGAGGUAUUUGAGGCGACGUUCAUGGUCCGCCUGCCGCCGCUGGGCCUGGCCGUGUUCCACCUUUACGACUCUCCGGACUCGCCCAUGACGCUCCGCUCUGACACCCUGCUCAGGCUGUCCGGCCGGGGCGUCACCGCUCGCGCCGUGGACCCUCUUCCUGUCCGCUCGCAGCAGUCCGACCCUCAGACCUUCUACAUCAGCAGCCAGUCUCUCACGCUGGGCUUCUCCGGAACCACCGGCCUGCUGGAGAGCAUCAAGCGCAAGGAUGAUCCUCAGGAAGUGAAGGUUCAGAUGCAGUUCAUGGUCUACGGCACUCGCCCCUCGAAAGACAAAAGCGGAGCUUACCUCUUCCUGCCUGAUGGCAAAGCAAAGCCCUACAACCAGAAAGAGCCCCCUGUGGUGCGCGUCGUGGAGGGACCUCUCUUCUCGGAGGUGGUGGCACACUACCAGCAUUUCCAGCAGACCAUUCGCAUACACAAUGUGCCAGGGGUGGAUGGGUUGUCUAUAGACAUCACCACCAUGGUGGACAUCAGAGAUCAGACCAAUAAGGAGCUGGCAAUGCGACUGGUCACUGACAUCCAGAGUGGAGACGUCUUCUACACAGAUCUGAAUGGCUUCCAGAUGCAGCCUCGUCACCACUACCUAAAGCUCCCCCUACAGGCCAACUUCUACCCUAUGCCCAGCCAGGCGUACAUCCAGGACAGCCACCACCGCCUCACGCUGCACACAGCUCAGUCUCUGGGUGUCAGCAGCCUGGAGAGUGGCCAGCUUGAAGUGAUUAUGGACCGGCGGCUGAUGCAGGAUGAUAAUCGUGGGCUGGGUCAGGGCCUGAAGGACAACAAGAAGACGGGCAACCGCUUCCGGCUGCUGCUGGAGAGGAGAUCCACGGGCAACAAGAUGAUGGACAGUGCAACAAAUAGCUUCCCGUCUAUACUCAGUCACAUGACCAACGCCUUCCUGAACCACGAGGUCUUGGCGCUGCCCGUCCUGCCCAAAAGACGCGGCAUCCCUCCACUGCAAACCUUCGCCCCGCUCAAGUCCAUCCUGCCCUGCGACUUCCACCUGCUGAACCUGCGCAGCAUCCAGAGCCAGCAGGACCCCCACUCUCCAUCUCCGUACACAGCCUUGAUUCUCCACCGUCUGGCGCUGGAUUGUGGCCUGGAGGCUCAGAACCUGGGCUUCAACUGCACCACCACACAGGGACAGCUGAAUGUAUCCGGACUGUUCAAGAACCUGGACCUGCAGCUGCUCCAGCCCAUGUCCCUGACUCUGAUGCACCCCAGCACGCCCCUGGCCAACGACUCCUCCAUCAGCCUGGAUCCCAUGGAGAUCUCCGCCUUCAAGCUCAAACUGCGCUAGUAGCCGUCCGGACUAAAAACCCACGAAACUCCUUGGACCAAGAACCAGGCCCCACGCCGGGCCACAGACUGGCAACGGAGGGGUCUGGGUCUCUCUGUUUUGUCAAGCAGAACCACAAACACUACAGCUCGGAGAGGAAGGGUCCACUGUAACAGGACUGACUGCACAGCAAGGGGGGCAGACGAUAGCUGUUACUGUGGACGUCUCCGAGAGCAGCAAACCCGGGUUAACUCGCAGCUGUUCCAAAACUAGAAAGACUGCCAGAACCGCUCAUCAGAUACAGCCGGGUGACUGUUUGUCUCUGUAAUCGAAAAUGAAAUCUCAUUUAGUUCUGCUUUGUAAGACUUCGUGUCUGUUUCUAUCUUUGCUCCAUCCUGGACUGAACUACUGAAUGUAAAUAUCCCAAA